AUGCUUCAUCAACAACCACAGAGUCUCCUACCACAACUACUCAGCUCCAACUACAACAGCACCUCGAUCAACAACCGCAGCGACUCCACCUACAACCACAGCAGCUCCAACAACAAUGACUGCAACGCCAACCACAACCACAGCAGCUCCAACCACAACUACAUCCUCUCCAACAACAACAGCUCCAACUACAACAGCACCUCCAUCAACAACCGCAGCGACUCCACCUACAACCACAGCAGCUCCAACAACAACGACAGCAAUGCCAACCACAACCACAGCAGCUCCAACCACAACCACAUCCUCUGCAACUACCACCACAGCAGCUCCAACCACAUCCUCUCCAACAACAACCACAACCACAGCAGCUCCAACCACUACCACAGGAGUUCCAGCCACAACCACUGCCUCCCCAACUACAACCACUUCCUCUCCAAGAACAACCACUGCCUCUCCAUCUACAACCACAGCAUCUCCAACUACAACCACAGAAGCUUCAUCAACAACCACAGUGUCUCCUACCACAACCACUGCAGCUCCAACCACUACCACAGAAGCUCAAACUACAACCACAAUAGCUCCAUCAACAACCACAGCAGCUCCAACUGUAACAGCACCUCCAUCAACAACCGCAGCGACUCCACCUACAACCACAGCAGCACCAACAACAACGACUGCAACGCCAACCACAACCACAGCAGCUCCAACCACAACCACAUCCUCUCUCCAACUACUACCACAGAAGCUUCAUCAACAACCACAGCCAGCUCCAACUACAACAGCACCUCCAUCAACAACCGCAGCGACUCCACCUACAACCACAGCAGCUCCAACAACAACGACAGCAAUGCCAACCACAACCACAGCAGCUCCAACCACAACCACAUCCUCUGCAACUACCACCACAGCAGCUCCAACCACAUCCUCUCCAACAACAACCACAACCACAGCAGCUCCAACCACUACCACAGGAGUUCCAGCCACAACCACUGCCUCCCCAACUACAACCACUUCCUCUCCAAGAACAACCACUGCCUCUCCAUCUACAACCACAGCAUCUCCAACUACAACCACAGAAGCUUCAUCAACAACCACAGUGUCUCCUACCACAACCACUGCAGCUCCAACCACUACCACAGAAGCUCAAACUACAACCACAAUAGCUCCAUCAACAACCACAGCAGCUCCAACUGUAACAGCACCUCCAUCAACAACCGCAGCGACUCCACCUACAACCACAGCAGCACCAACAACAACGACUGCAACGCCAACCACAACCACAGCAGCUCCAACCACAACCACAUCCUCUCAGCUCCAACUACUACCACAGAUGCUUCAUCAACAACCACAGACUCCAUCAACAACCACAGCAGCUCCAACUACAACAGCACCUCGAUCAACAACCGCAGCGACUCCACCUACAACCACAGCAGCUCCAACAACAAUGACUGCAACGCCAACCACAACCACAGCAGCUCCAACCACAACUACAUCCUCUCCAACAACAACAGCUCCAACUACAUCAGCACCUCCAUCAACAACCGCAGCGACUCCACCUACAACCACAGCAGCUCCAACAACAACGACAGCAAUGCCAACCACAACCACAGCAGCUCCAACCACAACCACAUCCUCUGCAACUACCACCACAGCAGCUCCAACCACAUCCUCUCCAACAACAACCACAACCACAGCAGCUCCAACCACUACCACAGGAGUUCCAGCCACAACCACUGCCUCCCCAACUACAACCACUUCCUCUCCAAGAACAACCACUGCCUCUCCAUCUACAACCACAGCAUCUCCAACUACAACCACAGAAGCUUCAUCAACAACCACAGUGUCUCCUACCACAACCACUGCAGCUCCAACCACUACCACAGAAGCUCAAACUACAACCACAAUAGCUCCAUCAACAACCACAGCAGCUCCAACUGUAACAGCACCUCCAUCAACAACCGCAGCGACUCCACCUACAACCACAGCAGCACCAACAACAACGACUGCAACGCCAACCACAACCACAGCAGCUCCAACCACAACCACAUCCUCUGCAACUACCACCACAGCACUCCAACUACUACCACAGAAGCUUCAUCAACAACCACAGCCAGCUCCAACUACAACAGCACCUCCAUCAACAACCGCAGCGACUCCACCUACAACCACAGCAGCUCCAACAACAACGACAGCAAUGCCAACCACAACCACAGCAGCUCCAACCACAACCACAUCCUCUGCAACUACCACCACAGCAGCUCCAACCACAUCCUCUCCAACAACAACCACAACCACAGCAGCUCCAACCACUACCACAGGAGUUCCAGCCACAACCACUGCCUCCCCAACUACAACCACUUCCUCUCCAAGAACAACCACUGCCUCUCCAUCUACAACCACAGCAUCUCCAACUACAACCACAGAAGCUUCAUCAACAACCACAGUGUCUCCUACCACAACCACUGCAGCUCCAACCACUACCACAGAAGCUCAAACUACAACCACAAUAGCUCCAUCAACAACCACAGCAGCUCCAACUGUAACAGCACCUCCAUCAACAACCGCAGCGACUCCACCUACAACCACAGCAGCACCAACAACAACGACUGCAACGCCAACCACAACCACAGCAGCUCCAACCACAACCACAUCCUCUCUCCAACUACUACCACAGAAGCUUCAUCAACAACCACAGCCAGCUCCAACUACAACAGCACCUCCAUCAACAACCGCAGCGACUCCACCUACAACCACAGCAGCUCCAACAACAACGACAGCAAUGCCAACCACAACCACAGCAGCUCCAACCACAACCACAUCCUCUGCAACUACCACCACAGCAGCUCCAACCACAUCCUCUCCAACAACAACCACAACCACAGCAGCUCCAACCACUACCACAGGAGUUCCAGCCACAACCACUGCCUCCCCAACUACAACCACUUCCUCUCCAAGAACAACCACUGCCUCUCCAUCUACAACCACAGCAUCUCCAACUACAACCACAGAAGCUUCAUCAACAACCACAGUGUCUCCUACCACAACCACUGCAGCUCCAACCACUACCACAGAAGCUCAAACUACAACCACAAUAGCUCCAUCAACAACCACAGCAGCUCCAACUGUAACAGCACCUCCAUCAACAACCGCAGCGACUCCACCUACAACCACAGCAGCACCAACAACAACGACUGCAACGCCAACCACAACCACAGCAGCUCCAACCACAACCACAUCCUCUGCAACUACCACCAAUCCUCUGCAACUACAACCACAGCAGCUCCAACCACAACCACAGAAGCUCCAACUACAACCACAGCUACUCCAACCACAACCACAGCAGCUCCAACCACAAGCACUGCCUCUCCAACUCCAACCACUGAAGAUCUAACCAGAACCACAGCAGCUCCAACCACUACCACAGGAGUUCCAGCCACAACCACUGCCUCCCCAACUACAACCACUGCCUCUCCAACAACAACCACUGCCUCUCCAUCUACAACCACAGCACCUCCAACAACCACAGCGGCUCCAACUACAACCACAGCUACUCCAACCACUACCACAGGAGUUCCAGCCACAACCACUGCCUCCCCAACUACAACCACUGCCUCUCCAACAACAACCACUGCCUCUCCAUCUACAACCACAGCACCUCCAACAACCACAGCGGCUCCAACUACAACCACAGCAGCUCCAACCACAACCACUGCAACUCCAACUACUACCACAGAAGCUUCUUCAACAACCACAGCGUCUCCUACCACAACCACUGCAGCUCCAACCACAACCACAUCCUCUGCAACUACCACCACAGCAGCUACAACCACAACCACAUCCUCUCCAACAACAACCACAUCCUCUGCAACUACAACCACAGCAGCUCCAACCACAACCACAGAAGCUCCAACUACAACCACAGCUACUCCAACCACAACCACAGCAGCUCCAACCACAAGCACUGCCUCUCCAACUCCAACCACUGAAGAUCUAACCAGAACCACAGCAGCUCCAACCACUACCACAGGAGUUCCAGCCACAACCACUGCCUCCCCAACUACAACCACUGCCUCUCCAACAACAACCACUGCCUCUCCAUCUACAACCACAGCACCUCCAACAACCACAGCGGCUCCAACUACAACCACAGCUACUCCAACCACUACCACAGGAGUUCCAGCCACAACCACUGCCUCCCCAACUACAACCACUGCCUCUCCAACAACAACCACUGCCAGCUCCAACCACUACGACAGAAGCUCAAACUACAACCACAAUAGCUCCAUCAACAACCACAGCAGCUCCAACUACAACAGCACCUCCAUCAACAACCGCAGCGACUCCACCUACAUCCACAGCAGCUCCAACAACGACUGCAACGCCAACCACAACCACAGCAGCUCCAACCACAGCCACAUCCUCUCAGCUCCAACCUCUAACACUCCAGUUCCAACCACAACCACAGCAGCUCGAACUACAACCACAGCAGCUCCAACCACAAACACUGGAGCUCCAACCACAAUCACAGCAUUACCAAUUAAAACCACAGCCUCUCCAACCACAACCACAGAAGAUCUGACCACUACUUCUAGAGGAGCUCCAACCCCAUCCACCACUGGAGCUCCAACUACAACCACAGUGUCUCCUACCACAACCACUGCAGCUCCAACCACUACCACAGAAGCUCAAACUACAACCACAAUAGCUCCAUCAACUACCACGGCAGCUCCGACUACAACGACAGCAGCUCCAACCACAACCACUGCCCCCUCAACUAAAACCACUGCCUCUCCAACAACAACUACUGCCUCUCCAUCAACAACCACAGCAGCUCCAACUACAACAGCAGCUCCAUCAACAACCACAGCGGCUCCAACUACAACCACAGCAGCUCCAUCAACAACCACAGUGUCUCCUACCACAACCACUGCAGCUCCAACCACAGCCACAGCGGCUCCAACCACAACAACAGAAGCUCACACUACAACCACAAUAGCUCCAACAACAACCAAAGCAGCUCCAACUACAACCACAGCAGCUCCAACCUCUAACACUCCAGUUCCAACCACAACCACAGCAGCUCGAACUACAACCACAGCAGCUCCAACCACAAACACUGGAGCUCCAACCACAAUCACAGCAGCUCCAACCACAACCACAUCCUCUCCAACAACAACCACAUCCUUUGCAACUACAACCACAGCAGCUCCAACCACAACCACAGAAGCUCCAACUACAACCACAGCAGCUAUAACCACUACCUCAGGAGUUCCAACUACAACCACAGAAUCUCCAACCACAACCACAGCAGCUCCAACUACCAUCACAGCAACUCCAUCAACAACAACAGCAGCUCCUACCACAACCACUGCAGCUCCAACCACAGCCACAGCAGCUCCAACCACAACAACAGAAGCUCAAACUACAUCCACAAUAGCUCCAACAACAACCACAGAAGCUCCAUCAACAACCACAGCAGCUCUAACAACCACAGCAGCUCCAACCACUACCACAGGAGUUCCAACCACAACCAAAGCAGCUCCAACUACAACCACAGCAGCUCCAACAACAACCACAGCACCUCCAACCACUCUAACCACUAUCAUAUCAUCUUCAACAACAUCUACUACAGCAGUUCCAACCACAACCGCCACUGGAUCUCCAACUAUAACCACAGCAGCUCCAACUACAACAACUGAAGGUCCAACAACAACCACAAAGGCUCCUACCACAACCACUGGAGCUACAACCACAACCACAGCAUCUACAACCACAAUCACAGCAGCUCCAACCGCAUCCACUACAGGAGCUCCAACCACAAUCACCACAAAAGCUCCAACCACAUCCACCACAGGAGCUUUAAUCACAACUACUACUACUUCUACUACUACUACUACUACUACUACAGGAUCACAAACCACAACCACAUCAGAAGCUACAACUGCAACCACCACACCUCCUACAACAACCACAGCAGGUCCAUCAAAAACUACUGCUGUUCCAAUAUCAACCACAGCAGUUGGCCAAGUGACAACUACACGACCUACAAGUGCGUGUGCUUCAAGCCCAUGUCUCAGUGGAAGCAUCUGUGAAGACCGUGCUGACCAGACUCACGUGUGCUUGUGUCUUCCGGGAGAAGUUUAUCGAGAAGGCUGUCAAAAGGUCAAGGUUUUCCCUGCUCGGGUGGACUUAGAAGACAGAUAUCUUCCUGACAUGGCCAACAAAAAAUCAAAAAUAUUUAAAGAGACUUCAGAUAAAAUUACUAAUGCGAUUUACAAAGAGUUCAACAAAACACCUGGAUUCAUUUCAUCAAUAGUCCUGGAGCUCCGGGAAAUACAAUCAGUACUAAGGUCAAACACAGGCAACGUUGAAGCUUCAGUCCAAAUCAACUAUGAAGCAAAGUCUAACGUCACAGAAGAAAUUGUAAUAGAAGCAAUGAAAAAUCUCACCUGCGAAAGCUGUCCACUGCCAGGAAGCUUUACAUUGAAACAGCUUUGUGGUUUGGAUCCAUGUGACGAAACAACAACAAAGUGCAAUUCUACAGUGGGCAGUUUCGUGUGCACAUGUUUAGAUGGUUAUAUUACAUCAAACUACAGUGAAAGAUUAUGCAUGGCAUGUCCCCCUGGUCAGAAAGCUGUGAACAAUACAUGUAAACCAUGUAGCUUUGGUCGUUCUGGAAUGAACUGCGAGGAUGAGUCACUGUUGAUCCUUGUGAUCGUUUCACCUAUUCUCGGAUGCCUGCUUGUCGUCUCGUUGAUCGCUCUGCCACUGAUAGCAAGAAAAUUCAAAGGAAAAAUGUCCAAGAGGAAAGAAAAAGUCACUUGGAAACCAUACAUUAUCCCGUCCUUUGGCAAUGGUCCACCAUCCUGCAGUAGCAGCGGUAGCUUUUUCACCUAUAUCAAAGAACCAGACAACAUCCUGGUAAAUUCUGCUGUCCCACGAAUUCCACGCGCCAAACUCAGCAGCAGCUGGUCUGGCAAGAUCGACACGGAGAUUUCUCCAAGCAACAGCCGACAAAGCUCGACUCCUUCAAGGAGAAACUCUAUUGGACGGCACAACAACCCCUACAAGAACGUAAUAUCUAUAAGAAACCCUUAUGCCCAGAAUCAAACCACAGACCAGACCAGACUCUAAUGGAGGAGAAGGAAGUUGGAUCUCUGUAGGAGUUCCUAUAGUGGUAUUUAUCCCAAGAUACUGCAUUACAUUGGAACUUCCUCAAUGUAAAAGAUGUAAACAGGAGCGUAUCAACAGAGACGUGCAAUUAAUGUGAUAGAUAUUGUAUCCUGUGUUCCUUUACUACUUUUGGUUUGUAUUGUGUGACUUCUAGUCAGGCCUGUUAAAAACUGCCAUAAACCAGACUGGCUUUCAUCAUCAAAAUCAAAAAGUUUGGUUUAUAAUUCCUGCAUUUGUGUUAAAUGCACUAUUUAUUCUCUAUGAAUUUUCUAGAGUUGUUUUCUGUAAGCAUUACAGGUUUAAUUUGUGCCUCAGUUUUAUAUUUAUCAAAGUUUUUGUAAAUAAGAUCAACUGGAAAUUUCUUUAAAUCUGUUCAUAUGUUUCAUGUAAAAGUAAAACCAUCACAACUUUGGGAUAUUUAUCAAUGUUUGCAUAACUUUUUUUUAUUUUUCUUGGUCUAGUUACAAACCAGUUAUGCAUAACAUUUGAACGCUAUGACUUUGGUGGAUUAUAGCUAACUGCUAACAAAAAACACUCACUGAAAAUGCUGAAUGUAUGUAUAGAUAAAUGAGAUGAGAACAAAGAUUCUGUUGUAAAGCACUUUAAGUAGUGUAGUUGGCUAAAAAGGUGCAAUAUAAGUACAAUAUGUUUAACUCUUUUUUUUUGUCUAAAUGUGUUCAAACUUGUUAUAUUGUAAUAACUUAAUAUGACCACUAAAGGGCUCCAAACAUGAAGUUUUACAUGAAUUAUAUAUUUGUUAUCUCACAGAAUAAAACCAAUGCAAUUAAAAA